AUGGCAGACAAUAAAACAGUCGUAAUUCUGGGUGGUUCCCUCGGUGGACUUCACGUCGCCCAUGCACUCCUCAAGAAGCAUCAACAAUACCCCAACUUACGGAACACUCAUUUUUACUGGAACAUCGCCUCCGUCCGCGCCAUUAUCCCUGGUCAAAUCCCAGACCAAAAGAUGCUCCGCGAACUCUCCGAAGCCCUCCAGCCAUACCCCAGCAACAUGUACGAGCUCGUCAUCGGCGAAGCCAUCUCCUCUGAUUUCACCGCCAAGACCGUCAAAGUCCAGCUCAGCAACAGCGCUGCCGACGCUCAAACCCGUGAAAUCGUCUACGACCACCUCGUUCUCGCCACUGGAGCCCGCUACACAAACGACACCCCCUGGAAGGCCAACUCCGACUAUCAAUCCCUGAUCAGCCUCCUCCACGAAACCGCCUCCAGGGUCGAGAAAGCCGGCCAUAUCAUCGUUGCCGGCGCGGGAGCCACAGGUGUGGAAGUAGCCGGCGAGCUGGGGUACGAAUACGGCAAGACCAAGACCAUCACCCUUUUGGCUUCUGGCCAGCACGUCCUCCCCGGCGAGCAGGAAUCUCUCAGUACCGCUACCGAGAACGAGCUGAAGAAGCUGAACGUCACUGUGCAGAAGGGGGCUCGUGUAAAGGAUGUUGCUCGCUCUGCCGACGACAAGUACACGAUCCAGCUGGAGAACGGCCAAAACCUCGAGUGCAACCUCUACCUGCCCACGCAGGGCAUGGUGCCCAACUCGGAUUACGUCGAUACGAAGCACCUCGACCCCAAAACCAAGACGGUGCUCGUGGAUGAGUUCCUUCAUGUGACUGGUGUGCCGGGGAAUAACGUUUGGGCGGUGGGGGAUAUCGUCAGUAAGCCGAGAGCUGGCUUUAUGAUCACACAGAAGCAGGCCUCGUCUGUGGCCAAGAAUGUUGAGUUGAGCCUGCUUCAGGGCAAGGAGCCUGUCCCUGCCAAGGGCCCACCAGUUGACAUUCUCGCCUGCGCGGUUGGCCGGGGGAGAGGCGUGGGCAGGAUGGGCUCGAUCAGACUGCCUAGCUUUGGCGUUUGGUUGGCGAAGGGGAGAACGUUGGGGAUGCAGUUGGUGGACCAGUACAUCAGUGGCAGUAUUGCUUAG